UUGAUGAAGCCUCCUCAAGGCUGGCAAGGAGGAAGCUCCCAAGGAGGAGGGAGCAGCGGAUAGGACGAGACGCUAUUGGUGGACCUCAGACAAAGGUGGAGGGAGGGGGCUCCCAUAGAUGGAAGGGAACAAAGACGGAAGGGGGAUCGGGCGUGGGGGCUUCAGGCUAGCUGUGGACUGACAGCCAGGCUGAGGGAGAAGGCACUGGCCAGCCGGACAGAGGGAGGAGGCUGCACAAAAGAGAGGAAAGACAGGCAGAAGCACAAAGAACGGGACUGUGACAGAGCUGGGGGCGGCACUGCAGGAGUUGAAAAUGGCCAGCUCCGUGGCCUCGUACGAGCAGCUGGUGCGCCAGGUGGAGGCCUUGAAGGCGGAGAACACUCACUUAAGGCAGGAGCUGAGGGAUAACUCUAGCCAUCUCUCCAAGCUGGAGACAGAGACUUCUGGCAUGAAGGAGGUCCUGAAACACCUUCAGGGCAAGCUGGAGCAGGAGGCGAGAGUGCUGGUAUCCUCCGGGCAGACAGAAGUGUUAGAGCAACUGAAAGCUCUUCAGACUGACAUCAGUAGCCUCUAUAACCUGAAGUUCCAUGCCCCGGCCCUGGGCCCUGAGCCUGCCGCCCAGACUCCAGAGGGAAGCCCAGUGCAUGGCCCUGCACCGUCCAAGGACAGCUUCGGAGAGCUGAGCCGGGCCACCAUCCGCCUGUUGGAAGAACUAGACCAGGAGAGAUGCUUCCUGCUGAGCGAGAUAGAGAAAGAGGAGAAGGAGAAGCUGUGGUAUUACUCUCAGCUCCAGGGCCUCUCUAAGCGCUUGGAUGAGCUGCCACACGUGGACACGCAGUUUUCGAUGCAGAUGGAUCUAAUUCGGCAGCAGCUGGAGUUCGAAGCCCAGCACAUCCGCUCGCUGAUGGAGGAGCGCUUCGGUACCUCAGACGAGAUGGUGCAGCGGGCUCAGAUCCGGGCUUCACGCCUGGAGCAGAUUGACAAGGAGCUGUUGGAAGCCCAGGACCGGGUGCAGCAGACGGAGCCCCAGGCGCUGCUGGCGGUGAAGCCUGUGGCAGUGGAGGAGCAGGAGGCAGAAGUUCCCACACACCCUGAGGAUGUCACCCCUCAGCCUGGCAACAGCAAGGUGGAGGUCGUGUUCUGGCUUCUAUCUAUGUUGGCAACGCGCGACCAGGAAGAUACUGCGCGCACGCUGCUCGCCAUGUCCAGCUCGCCAGAGAGCUGCGUAGCCAUGCGCCGCUCAGGAUGUCUGCCACUGCUGCUCCAGAUCCUUCAUGGCACUGAGGCUGGGUCUGUGGGGCGCACAGGAACCCCCGGAGCGCCCGGUGCCAAAGAUGCACGCAUGCGUGCCAACGCGGCCCUGCACAACAUCGUCUUCUCCCAGCCGGAUCAGGGCCUGGCACGCAAGGAGAUGCGUGUGCUGCACGUGCUGGAGCAGAUCCGAGCCUACUGCGAGACCUGCUGGGACUGGCUUCAGGCGCGGGACAGCGGGACAGAGAGUGGUACAGGAGACACUCCCGUCCCUAUCGAGCCUCAGAUCUGCCAGGCCGCCUGUGCAGUGAUGAAGCUGUCAUUUGACGAGGAAUACCGUCGGGCUAUGAAUGAGCUAGGGGGGCUGCAGGCUGUGGCCGAGCUACUGCAGGUGGAUUAUGAGAUGCACAAGAUGACCCAGGAUCCACUCAACCUCGCCCUGCGCCGCUACGCUGGCAUGACCCUCACCAACCUCACCUUCGGAGACGUUGCCAACAAGGCCACUCUGUGUGCCCGCCGAGGCUGCAUGGAAGCCAUUGUGGCCCAGCUGGCCUCUGAGAGCGAGGAGCUGCAUCAGGUUGUUUCCAGUAUUCUGCGUAACCUGUCGUGGAGGGCGGACAUCAACAGCAAGAAGGUGCUGAGGGAGGUUGGCAGCAUGACCGCUUUGAUGGAAUGUGUGCUGCGGGCCUCCAAGGAGUCCACCCUAAAGAGCGUGCUCAGUGCUCUGUGGAACCUGUCGGCACACAGCACAGAGAACAAGGCAGCUAUCUGCCAGGUGGAUGGCGCGCUGGGUUUCCUGGUGAGCACCCUAACAUACCGUUGCCAAGGGAACUCCCUAGCAGUCAUCGAGAGUGGUGGUGGGAUCCUGCGCAACGUGUCAAGCCUCAUUGCCACGCGGGAGGACUACAGGCAGGUGCUCCGUGACCACAACUGCCUACAGACACUGCUGCAGCACCUCACGUCGCACAGCUUGACUAUCGUGAGCAAUGCCUGCGGCACCCUUUGGAACCUGUCUGCCCGCAGCCCCCGCGACCAGGAAUUGUUGUGGGACCUGGGGGCUGUGGGCAUGCUACGAAACCUCGUCCACUCCAAACACAAGAUGAUCGCCAUGGGUAGCGCUGCCGCUCUGCGGAACCUGCUGGCCCACCGACCAGCCAAGUAUCAGGCCGCAGCCAUGGCAGUCUCCCCAGGCACCUGCGUGCCCAGUCUGUACGUCCGCAAGCAGAGGGCCCUGGAGGCCGAGCUGGACACUCGGCACCUGGUGCAUGCGCUCGGUCACUUGGAGAAGCAGGGUCUGCCUGAGGCAGAGACCACUUCAAAGAAGCCCCUGCCACCCCUCCGCCACCUGGACGGGCUGGUGCAGGACUAUGCCUCUGAUUCUGGCUGCUUUGAUGAUGAUGAUGCACCAUCCCUGGCUGCUGCGGCCACCACAGCUGAGCCCGCCAGCCCAGCAGUGAUGUCUAUGUUCCUUGGUGGUCCCUUCCUUCAGGGCCAGGCACUGGCCCGCACCCCACCUGCCCGCCAGGGUGGCCUAGAAGCUGAGAAGGAGUCUGGUGGGGAGGCAGCUGUGGCUGCUAAAGCCAAGGCUAAGCUAGCGUUGGCUGUGGCUCGCAUCGACCGACUGGUGGAGGACAUCUCUGCCCUGCACACCUCAUCAGACGACAGCUUUAGUCUCAGCUCGGGGGACCCCGGGCAGGAGGCGCCAAGGGAGGGCCGUGCGCAGUCCUGCUCUCCAUGCCGGGGCACAGAGGGUGGGCGGCGUGAGGCUGGCAGCCGGGCGCACCCUCUGCUGAGGCUCAAGGCGGCCCACACCAGCCUCUCCAACGACAGCCUGAACAGUGGUAGCACCAGCGAUGGCUACUGUACCCGGGAACACAUGACGCCUUGCCCACUGGCCGUGUUGACCGAGCACCGCGAUGGCCCAGUGUGCGGACAGACUCGGCCCAGCCGACUGGACCUAGACCUUCCCAGCCGGGCUGAGCUUCCUGCCCGGGACACAGCAGCCACUGAUGCCCGAGUGCGCACCAUUAAGUUAUCCCCAACCUAUCAGCACGUGCCACUGCUUGAUGGGGCCCCUGGGGCAGGUGUCAGACCCCUGGUUGGGCCUGGAACCUCCCCGGGAGCUCGGAAACAGGCGUGGAUACCUGCAGAUAGUUUGAGUAAAGUCCCCGAGAAGCUGGUGGCCUCCCCACUGCCGGUGGCUAGCAAGGUCCUGCAGAAGCUGGUGGCACAGGAUGGGCCGAUGUCCCUCUCCAGGUGCAGCUCCCUGUCUUCUCUGUCUUCCACGGGCCAUGCAGUCCCCAGCCAGGUGGAGAACCUUGAUGACAGCGAUUCAUCCCUGGAAGAGCUUGAGGAGGCUGGUCCUGGCGAGGCCGAGCUAGACAGGGCGUGGAGAGCAUCCGGGUCCACCUCUCUUCCGGUGUCCAUUCCGGCCCCACAGCGGGGGCGCAGUCGAGGUCUUGGGGUGGAGGAUGCUACACCAUCCAGUUCAUCUGAGAACUGCGUCCAGGAGACACCCUUGGUCCUGAGCCGCUGUAGCUCUGUGAGCUCCCUGGGCAGCUUCGAGAGCCGCUCCAUCGCCAGCUCCAUCCCGAGCGACCCCUGCAGUGGGCUGGGCAGUGGUACAGUGAGUCCCAGUGAGCUGCCAGACAGCCCCGGGCAGACAAUGCCACCCAGCCGCAGCAGGACUCCACCGGCACCUCCCGGGCAGCCCGAGGCCAGCCAGUUCAGCCUGCAGUGGGAAAGUUACGUGAAGCGCUUCCUGGACAUCGCAGACUGUCGGGAAAGAUGCCAGCCGCCCUCGGAGCUGGACGCGGGCAGCGUACGCUUCACGGUGGAGAAGCCGGACGAGAAUUUCUCUUGUGCUUCCAGCCUCAGCGCACUGGCCCUGCAUGAGCUGUAUGUCCAGCAGGACGUGGAACUGCGGCUGAGGCCACCAGCCUGUCCAGAACGUGCGGUGGGUGGUGGUGGGGGCCACCGUCGGAGGGACGAGGCUGCCAGCCGCCUGGAUGGCCCAGCACCAGCUGGCUCUAGAGCUCGGUCAGCGGCUGAUAAAGAACUAGAGGCGCUGCGUGAAUGUCUGGGGGCAGCCAUGCCGGCCCGGCUCCGCAAGGUGGCCUCGGCCUUGGUGCCUGGCCGCCGUGCACUGCCGGUCCCCGUGUACAUGUUAGUGCCCGCCCCGGCUCGGGGUGAUGACUCGGGCACAGACUCUGCAGAGGGCACGCCUGUCAACUUUUCCAGUGCAGCCUCUCUCAGUGACGAGACCUUACAGGGACCCUCCAGGGAUAAGCCGGCCGGGCCUGGGGACAGGCAGAAACCUACAGGCCGAGCUGCUCCUGCCAGGCAGACCCGUGGGCACCGGCCCAAGGCAGCAGGAGCAGGUGCUGGUAAGAGCACCGAGCACACACGGGGGGCUAAUAGGAACCGGGCAGGAUUGGAACUACCCCUCAGCCGGCCCCAGAGUGCUCGGUCCAACAGGGAUGGCUCAUGCCAGACCCGGACCCGUGGAGACGGUGCCCUGCAGUCGCUAUGCCUCACGACACCCACAGAGGAAGCUGUGUACUGCUUCUAUGACUCUGAUGAGGAGCCACCAGCCACAGCACCGCCAACUCGGCGGGCAUCCGCCAUCCCUCGGGCUCUUAAACGUGAGAAACCCGCAGGCAGGAAAGAGACCCCAACCAGGGCGACACAGCCUGCCACACUCCCUGUGAGGGCGCAGCCGAGACUGAUAGUAGAUGAGACCCCACCCUGCUAUUCCCUGACUUCCUCGGCUAGUUCCCUCAGCGAGCCUGAGGCCUCUGAACAGCCAGCCCGCCACCCUCGAGUGGAGGAGCAGGGCAGUAAACAAGAUGGUAGCCCAAGAGCAGAAGAGGAGCUCCUGCAGAGGUGUAUCAGCUUAGCUAUGCCCAGGCGCCGGACCCAGGUACCCAGCUCACGGCGUCGCAAGCCCAGAGCUGUGAGGUCAGACAUAAGGCCCACUGAGUUACCACAGAAAUGCCGUGAAGAGGUUCCUGGUUCUGAUCCAGCCUCUGACCUAGACAGCGUCGAGUGGCAGGCUAUCCAAGAGGGCGCAAACUCCAUUGUCACGUGGCUGCAUCAGGCAGCGGCCAAAGCCAGUCUGGAAGCGUCUUCUGAGUCUGACUCCCUCUUGUCUUUGGUGUCUGGGCUGUCAGCAGGCUCCACCCUCCAGCCCUCCAAGCUCAGAAAAGGGCGAAAGCCAGUGGCUGAGGCUGGGGGUGCCUGGCGUCCUGAGAAACGGGGCACAACUUCCACUAAGGUCAGUGGGAGUCCCCGGUUUCCUAGUGGCCCUGAGAAGGCAAAGGGUACCCAGAAAACGAUGGCAGGGGAGUCAGCCAUGCUCCGGGGAAGGACAGUGAUCUACACCGCCAGCCCUGCUUCCCGGGCUCAGUCUAAAGGUAUUUCUGGACCUUGUUCCGCACCUAAGAAGAUGGGGACAUCUGGUACCACUCAGCCAGAAACUGCCACCAAAACCCCCAGCCCUGAGCAACAACGUUCUCGGAGCCUGCACCGACCAGGCAAGAUCUCUGAGUUGGCAGCCUUGAGCCACCCGCCCAGGAGUGCUACUCCUCCAGCCCGCCUCACCAAGACCCCGUCUUCAAGCUCUUCACAGACCUCCCCGGCAUCCCAGUCCCUGCCUAGGCGGUCCCCACUGGCCACUCCAACAGGAGGGCCUCUGCCUGGACCCGGGGGGUCCCCAGUGCCCAAGUCACCAGCCCGGGCUCUUCUGGCUAAGCAACACAAGACCCAGAAGUCACCUGUGCGUAUCCCAUUCAUGCAAAGGCCAGCCAGGCGAGUGCCACCUCCACUGGCCAGGCCAUCCCCAGAGCCUGGCUCCAGGGGCCGAGCUGGGGCUGAGGGAACUCCUGGGGCACGUGGCAGCCGCCUGGGCCUGGUACGUGUGGCCUCAACUCGCUCUAGUGGCAGUGAGUCCUCAGACCGCUCCGGCUUCAGAAGGCAGCUGACCUUCAUUAAGGAGUCCCCAGGUCUCCUCCGGCGCCGUAGAUCGGAGCUGUCCUCUGCGGACUCCACGGUCUCCACCUCCCAGACCGCUUCGCCCUGCCGCGGACGGCCCGCACUCCCCGCUGUCUUUCUCUGCUCCUCUCGUUGUGAUGAGCUGCGAGCGUCUCCACGGCAGCCCCUGGCAGCACAGAGGGUCCCGCAGGCCAAGCCAGGUCUUGCCCCACGUGCGCCCAGACGCACCAGCUCCGAGAGCCCCUCACGCCUGCCUGUACGGGCGACCCCUGGGCGGCCCGAGACAGUCAAGAGGUACGCCUCCCUGCCACAUAUUAGUGUGUCCCGCAGGCCCGAUAGCGCUGUCUCUGUGCCCACCACCCAGGCCAAUGCCACUCGCAGGGGAAGUGAUGGCGAGGCCAGGCCGCUGCCCAGGGUGGCUGCGCCGGGUACGACCUGGCGUCGUAUCAAAGAUGAAGAUGUCCCCCACAUCCUGCGCAGCACACUGCCCGCCACUGCCCUGCCUCUCAGGGGCUCAUCACCCGAAGACAGUCCUGCUGGAACUCCACACCGCAAGACUAGCGACGCAGUGGUACAGACAGAGGAUGUGGCCACCUCUAAAACCAACUCCAGCACGUCGCCCAGCCUGGAGAGCAGGGAUCCCCCACAGGCCCCGAUCAGUGGCCCCGUUGCUCCACUGGGCAGCGAUGUGGAUGGACCAGUACUCGCCAAGCCUCCUGCCUCAGCGCCCUUCACCCAUGAGGGUCUGAGUGUUGUCACGGGGGGCUUUCCCACUAGCAGGCAUGGCUCCCCCAGUAGGGCUGCACGGGUUCCCCCCUUCAACUACGUGCCCAGCCCUAUGGUAGCGGCUACAAUGACCAGUGACUCAGCUGUGGAGAAAGCCCCUGUUACCUCUCCAGCCAGCCUCCUGGAGUAGUGGUUAUAGGCCUGCCUUCUGGAACUCUCUCCUCACCCUGUGGCCCAGGCUGGCUGCGCUGUGGGCCUGCUCUCUAGCUGCUCUGAGUAGGCACAUAUGUGCCCUUAGAGGCCCCAUCCAGCUCGCAUCUCUGCACCUUAGGGCCAGCCCUUGCUUCUAUGCCCGGGGCUCGAGGGAAUCGGCUGUAGACUGGCCAUAGGGCACAUGCAGCGCCAUUUUCUGAGGUCGGCCUGGGAAGGGGUGGACAGCCAGUCUCUGAAAGUCACUAGAUGUGGGGCUGUGAGCUGCACCCAGCAGGAGAGUGGACAUGGCUUCUCAGGUGACUGAGCUUUCCUGCUGGAGGUGGGGGGACAGGCUGGGGCAUGGGGCGGGGAGCCUCUGCUUGGCAGCUGGGGCCGCCUCAGCCCUGCACUGUGGAAGCCUGUAAUUAGUGCUGGGGUAAUUGGUUAAUGAUGACUCUGCCAGGGGUGUUUGCCUUCUACAAGGCGGCUGAGGAGCACUGGGUGAGGGGUAGUAGACAAGCUUCUCUCUCACCCAGCACUCGUCAUAGCCAUGAGAGACUGCUGAGGGUGAACAGCCCUCCUGACGCAGGAGCUAUGGAGCAGCCCAUACUCUGUCCCUUUACUGAUAGGAGGGACUCUAAUCCCAAGGCCACCUGGCUAGGCUCCAGGGCCCAGGCAGGCAGGCAGGCAGGCCUGGAGGGAGGAAGGCAGGUCCAUCUGCGGGAGCCUGGUCCUUCCCAGCCCUGGCUGCCUUAAGAUGAUGAAGGCGUCAGGACCAGAACAGUUCCUCGGGCCUCACUCAGUCACAGCCUGGAAUCAAAACGGGGACUUGGUGACGGUGUGGGGAGCCUGGAGCUGCUACGGAGGGCAGGGACCCAGGUGGAGAGUAGGAUGCGGAUGUGAGGUAGCCGAGCCUUCGAGCACCUGGGCGGUGGGUCUGUGUGCCAACCACAGGGACCCAGGGCAGAGUCUUCCUGUAGAGCCAACAACCUCCUGUGGGACCCCAGGCUGCUCUUUGUUAGGGGAGCCAUGGACACCUGCACGAGCUGUCCCCAGAGAACGGACUGUCCCUUGAGCUGGCCUCAAGUCCUUCUUCUGAGAUGAGGGAAGUGGCUUUGAGAACCGGGGGUGGGAGGCGGCCUUGGGAGGAACUGAUAAUUCUGCUGCCCUUCCCAAGGGUCCCCUUUAAGGCAGGGAGUUGACAGACCCAAGCUUGCCACCUCCCAGGGGCAGGCUGACUUGAGGACACCAUUUGUGGGCUACACCUAUUACACCUGUCCAGUGCUUUGCGAUGCCUGAUGUUUCCUUGUCUGGGGCUCUGGCCCUAAUUGUGGGGACAGUGUCACAGCAGAAACUCCAGACACUAAAUGCUCAAUGCCAGGAUCUUGCCUGCCAGACAGGGCCGCUGGCCUUUGGGUGACUGGUAGGGAGGGGACAAGGAAGGCCCUUUUCAGAACAGAGCAAAGUGGCUCUAGGACACCCUCUCUAGAACACCUAAGACACACCCCAGGAUGGCUCUGUGCUGGGGACAGACAAUGCACAGACUGGCAGCUGGGGUCGGACGGUGAACCUCAUCUUUGUAGACUGAGCCUGUGUACCACGCACUGUGAGAGCUCAGGUGGCACGCGCGCUGCUCUGAGCCUUGGUUUCCCCAUGUGGGCCGUGGGGAGGACUCAGGGUGGAGCAGCAGAGACGUCUAGGCUGCAGCACCAGCAUGCAAGGGCCAUCUUUCUCCCAGCCACCUCCUCCUAUCCUGUCAGCCUUGGGCCCAGCAGCCAGGUUUGCCUUCUCCACCCCACACAGUGGGGGACACAAGACACAGUGGAACUUCCAGCCCAGGGUAGGUAAGCGCUGUUGAAGGGCAGCAGCCUCUGGAGUGUCCUUAGAGACCGAGCAGAUCUGCCACCUGCCAGGCUGCUAGCUCCCUGAGCUGGACACCAGUGGUCUACUGGAGACUAACCACUGGGUGCUUGACCAGGGCACCAUGCCCACCAUUUACCUCACUGUGUGUCUGUCGCACUGUCCCAUGGCCAAUGUCAUUCCCUUGCUCACAGCUGGUCAGUGUGUUCUCUGCUGCCGUACUGUUUCCGCCUGUUCUGUAGUGUUACACUCUGUACCCCGAUGUACAGUGUACACUCUGCACCCUGAUGUACAGUGUACACUUCUGCACCCUGAUGUACAGUGUACACUCUGUACCCUGAUGUACAGUGUACACUCUGCACCCUGAUAUACAGUGUACACUUCUGCACCCUGAUGUACAGUGUACACUCUGCACCCUGAUGUACAGUGUACACUCUGCACCCUGAUGUACAGUGUACACUUCUGUACCCUGAUGUACAGUGUACACUCUGUAACCUGAUCUACAGUGUACACUUCUGCACCCUGAUCUACAGUGUACACUUCUGCACCCUGAUCUACAGUGUACACUCUGCACCCUGAUCUACAGUGUACACUCUGCACCCUGAUGUACAGUGUACACUCUGCACCCUGAUGUACAGUGUACACUCUGCACCCUGAUGUACAGUGUACACUCUGCACCCUGAUCUACAGUGUACACUUCUGUACCCUGAUCUACAGUGUACACUCUGCACCCUGAUCUACAGUGUACACUCUGCACCCUGAUGUACAGUGUACACUCUGCACCCUGAUGUACAGUGUACACUCUGCACCCUGAUCUACAGUGUACACUUCUGUACCCUGAUCUACAGUGUACACUCUGUAACCUGAUCUACAGUGUACACUCUGCACCCUGAUCUACAGUGUACACUCUGCACCCUGAUCUACAGUGUACACUCUGCACCCUGAUCUACAGUGUACACUUCUGUACAUACUGACCCCGGAGGACGCCCAGCCUGGCUUCUGAUUCUUUGUUCAUAUCUUUAAUAAAGCGAGACACUUGGCUGC